GUGUGGCCAAUUUCCGUGAUGUGGCUGAUUCGAGCCCCGGUAACCAUCCUAUUCGGUGCCGUAACGGCAAGGUGCUUCGAAGGGGAAUGCUCUUCCGCUCAGGGCACUUCGCCGCCGCCACGAAGGAAGAUCUGGCUGUGCUGCAAGCACUGCAGCUUCGGACUUACGUGGACCUGCGCGAGGGCCGAGACUUUGAGGGAGCAGAUGCGGAGGUGCAUCACGUCCUCUUCCCGCCCAGCCCAAGCACAACGGCAAGAGGCGCACCGCCAGCACCAGUGCCUGCUGGGGGCCGCCGCUUGUGGUGCCCCGUGACCAAGGACUUGCGCUUGCGUGGCUCGACUGCCGAUGAGAAGCUAAACGCCGUCCCCGAGUCCGACCGCAAG